AUGGCGAUGAACCUGGACUUGUCGAAUGCUGUGGUGACGAAGGACGAGCAAGGCAGGCCGUUUAUCGUUGUCCGAGACCAAGGCAAGAAGAAGAGGCAGUUCGGCAACGAAGCCGUCAAGUCGCAUAUCCUCGCCGCACGAACGGUCGCAAACAUCGUCAAGAGCUCCCUCGGACCUCGUGGCCUCGACAAGAUCCUAAUCUCCCCCGAUGGAGACAUCACAGUCACAAACGACGGUGCUACCAUCCUUCAGCAGAUGGAAAUCACGAACCACGUCGCCAAGCUGCUCGUCGAACUUUCCAAAUCACAAGAUGACGAGAUAGGAGAUGGCACCACCGGUGUUGUUGUCCUGGCUGGUGCUCUGCUUGAGCAGGCUGCCGAGCUGAUCGACAAGGGAAUCCACCCCAUCCGGAUCGCGGACGGCUACGACCAGGCCUGUGACAUAGCAGUGUCCGAGCUUGACAAGAUCGCCGACACCAUCGACUUCAGCAAGGACCAGACCGAGAACCUCUUCAAGGUUGCAAGGACAAGUUUGGGCAGCAAGAUCGUUUCCAAGGCACAUGACCAGUUUGCAAAGAUCGCCGUUGACGCCAUCAUGUCUGUCGCCGACCUCGAGCGAAAAGACGUCGACUUCGAGCUGAUCAAGGUGGACGGCAAGGUGGGCGGGUCGCUGGAGGACACGCUUCUGGUCAAGGGAGUCGUCGUCGACAAGGACUUCUCCCACCCACAGAUGCCCUCCGAGGUCCGCGACGCCAAGAUCGCCAUCCUGACGUGCGCAUUCGAGCCCCCAAAGCCCAAGACCAAGCACAAGCUGGACAUUACGACGGUGGAGGAGUUCAAGAAGCUACAAAACUACGAGCGGGAGAAAUUCAUCGAGAUGAUUCAACAGAUCAAGGACACCGGCGCGAACCUGGCGAUAUGCCAGUGGGGUUUCGACGACGAGGCAAACCACUUGCUCCUGCAGAACGAACUCCCUGCUGUGCGAUGGGUUGGUGGCCCAGAGAUCGAGCUUAUUGCCAUUGCGACGAACGGCAGAAUAGUACCCAGGUUUGAGGACUUGAAGGCCGAAAAGCUGGGCCAGGCUGGUAUCGUGCGGGAGAUGUCCUUCGGUACCACGAGGGAGAAAAUGCUCGUUAUCGAGGAGUGUGCCAACACAAGAGCCGUCACAGUGUUCGUGCGUGGCAGCAACAAGAUGAUCAUCGACGAAGCCAAACGCUCCCUCCAUGAUGCUCUCUGUGUAGUCCGCAACCUUGUCCGCGACAACCGCGUCGUCUACGGCGGUGGCGCCGCUGAGAUCGCCUGCUCGCUGGCCGUUGAGGACGCAGCCGUCAAGACGCCCGGCCUGGAGCAGUACGCCAUGCGCGCCUUCUCCGAGGCCCUCGACUCGGUGCCCAUGGCCCUGGCCGAGAACAGCGGCCUGAACCCGAUCGCCACCCUGGCCGAGAUCAAGUCGCAGCAGGUCAAGGCCGGCGGCGACCGCGGCAGGCUCGGCGUCGACUGCAUGCAGAGGGGCAGCAACAACAUGAAGGACGCCUUCGUCAUCGACCCGCUCAUCAGUAAGAAGCAGCAGCUCAUGCUCGCCACCCAGCUUUGCAGGAUGGUGCUCAAGGUGAACAACGUCAUUGUCAGCGGGAGCGGGGAGGAUGACUUCUAA